AUGGCAGACGCCAGAGGAGCUCGGUUGUUGGCAGACCUAGAUAACGCGUUCAAGAGAGACCCCGACAUAGAUGAAUAUGAUAUGCUGCCAGUGCUAGAGCCAAAACACAACAAGUCUCCGUUCAUUCUACAAGAUCAUAAACUUGGAGUGGAAGCAUGGGCUGUGAAAAUUCUUGUCAAAUAUGCAUCACAAAGACUCAAGGGCUGGCGGAGUCGCCAGGCGGGAGAACAGUUUACAGAUCCUCUUGAGGUGAGCCAUCUCAGCAGAGCAAUGUUACUGUUUAACCCCGAAGUUUAUACAGCAUGGAAUAUCAGGAAGGAAUUAGUAGAAAGUGGAUAUCUGAGCGUUACGGAGGAUUUGUCUUUCGGUGCACUCAUUCUGUCCAGGCAUCCAAACAGUUCAGAAACAUUUGUUCACAGGCGCUGGUUGUUCCGCCAGCUCCUGGACACCUGCUUGUCAUCCAACUCUGCCAACAACUCACCGUGUACGGCCACACCAGCAGUCAACAAUGGGCACUUGGUCAGCAUGGGCAUCAAUGGUGUGCAUGCCAGUGUAGCCCCUAGUCUCUGUGACAACGGAACCUUGGCUCUAGAACCCAGUAGACUCCUGUCUCAUGCCCAUAGAGAGCUGAGGCUGUGCAGCCAGACAGCGGAGAAGUACCCCUGCAACUACCACUCCUGGUCUCACAGGGUCUGGCUCAUGCAGCAGUGUUUCAGCUCUUCACUGGAGGUGCUGGUGUCAGAGUUGAAGGCCACCGAGUCGUGGGUAUGCCAGCACAUUUCGGAUCACAGUGGCUUUCAUUACCGCCAGUUCCUGCUGACAGAAUUACACCAGAGACGUGCCAAACUGGCCAUGACCUGUUUGCUGAAUUCCACAGAGUUGUUGAUGUUUGAGAUGUCAUUGGUUUGUGACCUCUUACAUUCAUUUCCGGGUCAUGAAACACUCUGGUAUCACAGGCGAUUUCUCUUCCAGGCCUUGUUGAAAUCUGAUUGGCUGGGGUCAAAGCUGCAGAAACACUCAUCCAACGGGCAUGUCGAACAUGCACAAACCAAGGACCCGGAUGCUCUCAAGUCUUUCUAUGUCUCACAGGAAAUUGAAAAUGUGACAAAGAAAGAGCUUUGUAACUCUGAUGGCUAUCAACAAGUACUUGCACAGAAAUAUGUACACUGGCUGCAGACACUUUAA